CAUUUGGCUCCGAUCCCAGUCAGGUGAGUAGCCCUUGCUGUUUACACCAGCUGUUCUUCCUGCCCGAACCGCACAUUGGAAGCAGGAUUGAGGAAAUAAUUCCCCGCUCGGCUGGUUCCUGUCGAAAAUGUGUGCCCAGCUCGCCUAGCUUGUCCCAGAAGCUAAUUGAGUCUGCUACAAUUACAGCUGCCACGAUGUCGAACCCAAGAAUUGAAGAGUUGCCCGACGAAGAGCCUCCCAAGACCACCACGGUCGAGGAGCAGGAUGAUGACAGCUCGGACUCCGAGAUUGAGGCGGACAAUGGCCCCUCCGGCUCAUCUGCCAUAAUUCACUCCCGCAACGAGAAGAAGGCACGCAAGGCCAUCGAGAAACUGCACCUCCAGCGUGUCCCCGGCAUCACGCGUGUCACUCUGCGCCGACCGAAGAACAUCCUCUUCGUGAUCAACAACCCCGAGGUGUACAAAUCGCCCAACAGCAACACCUACAUCGUCUUCGGUGAGGCUAAGAUCGAGGACCUCAACUCUGCUGCCCAGCAAGCGGCUGCUCAGCAACUCGCGGGUGCGGGCGGCGAGCACGACCACGCUGGUCACGACCACGCCGGCCACGAUCACGGUAAGGCUGUGGAGAGCGCCGAGGAAAAGAAGGAGGAAGAGGAGGAGGAAGAUGAUGCUGAGGAAGUCGAUGCUGAGGGCAUUGAGGACAAGGACAUUGAGCUCGUCAUGACUCAAGCCAGCGUUUCCCGAAAGAAGGCGAUCAAGGCUUUGAAAGAGAACGACAACGAUAUAGUCAACUCUAUCAUGGCCCUAAGCGUUUAGGAGUCUUGAGUGAGCUGGCGCAGGCUCUUGCUCGGCUGAUUUUUUCGGUUGUCAUCAAAACUAGAGGCUUUGCGACACUGGAAAGUCUGCAUGGGAAAAUGGAAGGACGGUAGGCCGUACAAUGCAUGCUACGAUACCUUCACAAUCUAUUCUUGACAAUCCCAUGUGUUUCUUCGUUGAUUUCUGUGAUCAUCCUAUAUGAGUCG